AGCGUAACUGUCUUCAUCAACAUCUGAUUCUGAAGAAAAUUAAGAGCGAGGCUGCGGUACGAAACAAAAAAAAAUGGUGCAGCGCGGGUUUUCGCGAGCCCAUGGGUCGCUGCGUGGUGGCGUUGACAUUGUCGACAGAGCAACAUGCAGUAGAGUUGCCAAAGCCUCGUUCUCUACCUGCGCACCCUCUCUGGGAGCAUCUGCGCAGCUGCAACUACCGCACCAGCAACCCACGAGGACAUUAUCCCAGCCGAGGGGGGCACAAGAACUCAGCCGCGCUUCCGCUGUUCCUGUCACCGACCAUUUAAGCUGCCGGAAGAGUCCUUCCGUCGCCCAACUCCUGAACCGGCAGACGAGCGUUGCGAACCUCUCCGCCCGCACUGCGGCGAUUGAGAAGCAUUUGACGCAGCAAGACGUGGAGUUGUCCUUUGUCGAUGUUUUAGAUCUGCUGUCCGUGAAGCAAAACCUCUCCGCAGCUGCUGUUGCUGCCGGUGGGGAAAGGAUCGUGAGAAUGUUCGCGACAACCCGAAAUGAAAACGCAAUAGCCUAUACUAGCUUUGAAAAGACAACGCCAAGCCAGAUCAAAGAGGUCCCGACCCGCCUCCUCGCGCGUGCGGUGAUGACGCUGGCGCGGUGCGACCAGAAGCUUUCCAAAAGUACUCCGAGAAGAAACGGAAAAACUGAUGUACAGCAGUUGGAACUGGCGAAAGCGCAUCUCAGCAAUGCGGUGAAGGAGAUCCAAGAGCAGUUGAAGCCAAAAUUGGUCAACGAAUUUGCCAGAAGCGAUUUGUCCCCCAAGGAUUUGGCCAAUACGCUGUGGGGGUUUGCCCGCAUGCAGAUCCAGUUGUCCCGGACGGAACUCGCCGCUUUAGCGGACUGCUUCCUACGUUUACGAAAUCCAAAACCCAUCGACUUGAGCAACGUGCUGUGGAGUCUCAGCAAGCUGGUGGCGAGGUCGGAAUCAGAAAUUGGGAUGGGAGGCUGUGGGGUGGGAAUGAGAUCGAAAGGAGGCACUAGUAUCGAGGAAGCAUCAACAGCCACAGCCUUCAUGGCUUGUGCGAUCCCACCGGGCCAGGCAAGGCCAAAUGUCGUGGCAGUAGCGUCAACCGGACCUGCUCAAGAACUAGCCGCUUCGUCUGUUAUCGACGGCGCAGCAGGCAUGAGUUCACAGCUAGUAGACGACCUCUACAAGAACCAGAAGCAACUCUCCUAUGUGUGGGCCUUCGAGCCCGAACAACGGACUCUGUGGACAACCGAAGCGGUGAGGUUGCUGGAACAAAUGGACGUUUCCGAGUUCACCAUCUGCGAAUCCGUCAUGCUGUUAUCCGCAUUCAACGACUUCUUAGCCGCGAGCUGUACUACGAGUGCACAUACCAUCAACAUCAUUUCUCGCACGAAAAUUCACGAGGAAGUCUUUCGACGGUUUGCCAAGGAGCUGAAGCCCGAGCGUGCGCUGGCCCGGGAAGUAGGCCAGCUUGUCGCGGCGUUCACGCACCCGGCGGCGCCACAGACGGUAGCCAUGGAAAUGGUGUUGCCGCCCUUGUUAGCACACGUGUUUCGGAGUAACUUCGUGCCGGAUCGGAGGGCAACGCUUGCCAGUCCGAGCAAUCCCGGCGCCACGACACUCGGGCCUCCUGCUUACGAUCCCCACACCCCGUCGACCGACCGGUUUUGCGUUCAGGACGUCACCUCGCUUUUUUACUCCCUGGCGAAACUGCCAAAUAACUUCCUUCAGAAGUACGAGCACGUUUUUGUUCAAAAGGGCUUCGUUGACUUCCUCCUCGAACACGGAGAUUCCAGAGGCAUUAUGGCGUUCUCAAACGUUACAUUCUCAACUGUUACACGAAUUUGUGAUGCAAGAAUGCCAAAAGUGAAAGGAAGGACCUUGCGCGUCUUGCAUGACAGAUUUGGCGCAGAUUCUCAGCCUGUUUGGCCGUCUGAGAAUUUGUCAUGCGAAGCAGUUUGAUGGCGUUGAUAGUCAAGGCAAUUUUGCAUGGCAAAUCAUGUAACAGUUGAGAAUGUAACAGUUGAGAGCGCCAUAGGCAUCGCACUUUCCCUGUGGAGCUUCGCCCUUGCCGACUGUCGGUUCGCGGCCUUUGAGAUGGUGGGCGGACCACGUGCGGGUACUGAGUCAGGAACGCGAACGGGGGAACCAAGUCAAUUUACUUGUGACUCUGUCUGGUCGCGGAUUGACGACGCAGUGCACGUCUCGAAUAUUUUCCACAGUCUCGCGGUGCUGCGUCUCCGACCUGAGAAAGUUCUGAAUCACCUCGCUCAGAAAAUCCUCGACUUCGACCAGAAUCCGACAUCAAGAUUAUCCGUCGCGCAAACCACAAAAAGCACGAUCAAACCGAACCAAAUCGGGUCGAUCGUCUGGGCCUGCGCGCAGCUCGGGUACGACUUCAACGGGAUGAUGAACGACUUCGAUGGGAAGAUGAAAGAACUGCAAGAAAAGGAAGCUACUUUGGACGAACAUCAGAACAAAACAAUCUACCAACUUCUGCACCGUCUCGCGGAUCGUUUUUCCUCAGAUUGGCACAUUUUCGAUGCCCGCCAGCAAUGCAACGCCUUGUGGGCCUUCGCGCAGCUAGGGUUCGACUUGUUGCCGAAAGUGUUGGCUGGUGCGCUGAACAGCAGUCGGAACAGUUUUGUUUUCCAGCAUCACUGGGAGCCGCAAUGGAAGUCGCAACUGUACAUCGUCUGGCUCACACGGAGGACGAGUAUGUUGGCGCCACUAGGGGUGGGUAGGAAUAUCACAGCCAGCACGACAACAAGAAACACACACUACGCUCCUUCUAUAGUUUCAUCGCCCACGCCCGCGGCCGUGCCCGGCGGAGAAGUAAACAAAAACAUGACAUCAAAUUUCACCUGCCCGCUCACGCCCCAUUGGCGGGAGCUGCGGGACGCGUACCUGGCGUGUGGCAAGGACGUGAGCAGCUCGGACAUUGCGGCUAGGUGCGCGGCGGCAUUGAAAACCGCCGUUGCGGAGUACGAAGUGGCGGGCUCGGGGGUAAUCGUGGACAUCGCGGUGCCGGAAACCAAGACGGCGAUCGAAGUCGACGGCGAGUGGUCGCACUAUGUCAGGGUUUUCGAAGGUAAUGAGGAACGAGAUGCGACAAACACAAACUCCUGCACAAACAACGCCGAAGAUCCUCGAUCAGGAGCAGCUGCAAAAGGCACUAAGGAAAAGCCCUUCGACGUCUCAACCUUACCGAUGGUGACGAAUGGUAAAACACGUACCAAACGUAAACUCGUGGAGAAACUAGGCUGGCGCUGCAUUGACGUGAGAACGUCAGACAUUGAAAAACAUAGAGAUGAGGCCUCCUUGCGCGCGUUUCUGCAGAGGCUGAUUGCAUAACAAGGACGUAGGCCGGAUCAUCCCCCUCAAGAUAAGAUCACCCCCCUCAAGUUUCCAAGAUCACCCCCCUCAAGGGCAUAGGGUUUAGGUUUGGGCUUAGGGUUUAGGGUUUCGGCGGUGUCGUCUGGGCCAGCCGUCGCGACGGCGCCGUCGCGACGGCUGGCCCAGACGAUUCCCUUUUGCCCCUUCCUGUUCCGCGCCGGAGGCACGCGCCGCCGGCCUUGCCGCCCUCGCGCCCCUCUCUGUUCUUUGCCCCCCCUUUCCCCCUUCGUUGGUUUGCCGUGACCCCGCCCGGGGGGGCUCGCUCACUGUGCCGCCUCUGUUGCCUCAGGGGGCGAGGCGCUAGGCGCUCCCGGGCUUCCUCGGGUGGCUGCCCGCCUGUAGGACAUCUUGGCCCAGGAAACCUCUGGGAAGGCCUUCCAGCAAAUACCAACGCCGCCCCGCCCUGCCCCCGGUCUGCCUGCCGCCGGCCCGCCUGCCCUUGUCCCCCCCCUUAGCCUGGCUGCCUGCCCCCGGCCUCGCUCGUUGCCCCCUACCUUCCUGCCCCCGGCCCACCCCCUGGCCCCCCUCACCCCCCCCUGCAUCUUGAGGGGGGUGAUCCUUGGGGGGAUGAUCCUGCCUAUGUCCGCAUAACAAAGCCGAGGAACCCUAAAUUGCUGAUAAUGAUAAAAUGUCCAUGUCGUGUUUACAAAUAUACGUAGCGAAACACAUAGAAAAUGAACGAACCCGAACUAGUCGGUAAGUAGCGUAAAGGGAUUUUGUCCAAGUACAAGAAUCGAAACCAUAAUCCGUAGCCACGGCGAAAAAAAGAAUCCAAGUAGCUGUUCUUUGGAAAUAAGUCA